AGCCCAGAUGACACGACCGACCGAGACAAGCCUGUGUCUAGGGAAGUUUGGGGUUCAGCUCCUUUGGCUUCAUUCAGAAGAGCCUGAACUCGUUUAAUGCAGUUUUACAAACAUGACCUGAAUGAUUCAUUCAUUAUCACGUCAAACUGAAAGCGGUGAAAAGUUGCUACUAUUAUCAAAUAGGAAACAUCUGAAUCUACCCACAAGGAACAUGUCAGUUAGCAGCUUCACCAUUUGAUCUUCACAGAAGACAACAAGAAGACACACUGCAACAAUGAUGACAACUUCAGCCAGCAGCUGGCCUUUCUCCUCCAGGGGCAUACGCUUGAUAACUAAUCACAGUGACCAAUCACCGCAAAACUUCUCAAAAUCAUCAAAUGUUACCGCUAACUGCUCCAUGGAUGAAGAACUAGUCUCUAACAUGUUAACGACGUUCUACUCUGUUAUUUUCAUUGUGGGACUGGCUGGGAACAUAAUUGCCCUCUAUGUAUUUCUAGGUAUCCACCGGAAAAGAAAUUCGAUUCAAAUUUACCUGCUGAAUGUGGCAGUUGCCGACCUCCUGCUCAUCUUCUGCCUCCCUUUCCGAAUAAUGUACCACAUUAACCAAAACAAGUGGACCAUGGGCCUGGUUCUUUGUAAGGUUGUUGGAACACUAUUUUACAUGAACAUGUACAUCAGCAUUAUUUUGCUGGGAUUCAUCAGCUUGGAUCGCUACAUAAAAAUUAACCGGUCUAUACAACAACGAAGGGCAAUAACAACCAAACAAAGUAUUUACGUUUGCUGCACAGUAUGGACAAUUGCUCUGGCAGGAUUUUUAGCUAUGAUUAUUUUAACGGUGAAGAAAGAAGAGCACAAUUCCACAAUGUGUUUCCAUUACAGAGAUAAGCAAAAUGCAAAAGGGGAAGCAAUUUUUAACUUCAUUCUUGUGGUAAUGUUCUGGCUAAUAUUCUUACUAAUCAUCCUUUCGUAUAUUAAAAUAGGCAAGAAUCUAUUGAGGAUUUCUAAAAGGAGAUCAAAAUUUCCUAACUCUGGUAAAUAUACUACUACGGCCCGAAAUUCUUUUAUUGUACUUAUCAUUUUUACUAUAUGUUUUGUUCCCUAUCACGCUUUUCGAUUUAUCUAUAUUUCUUCACAGUUAAAUAAGUCAUCUUGCUACUGGAAGGAAAUCGCUCACAAAACCAAUGAGAUCAUGCUAGUUCUCUCCUCAUUCAAUAGCUGCUUAGACCCAGUCAUGUAUUUCUUGAUGUCGAGUAACAUCCGCAAAAUAAUGUGCCAAGUUCUUUUCAGCCGAUUUCAAGGGGACGCGAGCAGGAGUGAGAGCACUUCAGAAUUUAAACCAGGAUACUCCCUGCAUGACACAUCUGCUGCAGCUAAAGUUCAGUCCACUUCUUAAAGCACUUGAGGUGAACAUAUGGAAAAAGAAUGCUAACACGCACUUCAAAAAACUCACUGAAGAACUAAAACAUUCUAAAACAAAGCUUUAGCCUUCAGAAAACUCAGAUCUUCUCAAAGCUCCCUUCUUACUCGCAAUGUUUCAUUUGAUUAAUUGUAAACUAUUUCAAGGGGAAAAAAGCUUACAUUUAUCACUAUAUGUGAAAUAUGCACAUCAAAUCAUUUAAAACGAAAUUGUUAGCCUAAUGCUCUUAACACAGACUUUGAAGUUGAGUGAAAUUACAUGGCUUUAGCAACAAAAUAAUUAAUGAAAAGAAAUAGUUUCUCAAACCACUAAAGUAGUUAUUAAAAUCAAGUACCUACUAAUUUAAAGUGUGAUUGAUUGUGUUUAAAGUAAGAUAAAUGACUUGGGAAUCAACCUAAAAAGUCAGAAACAUAUGUUCAUUUGUCAUUCUAAAACUUGUAAAAUUUGUCAAUGUUAUCAUUUAUGUCUCAGUCUUUAUAGCAGAUGAAAUUCUAAUUAAUAAAAGUCUAAUAAAAAUAA